CCGAAUCGGGUAAUCCCCUGGCCAGCUGCGACCACCAUUGCUUCAUACGGCUGCAAAACAGGCUCUUCACAUUCAGCAACAUUCAGAAUUAAAUGAUGAUGAUACCAAUUUUAGCUAGGCUCUCGUUUUUGGCCUGGCCAUGGCGUCUGGGGGAUCGCCCAAAUGCUGGCUGGAAUUUGAUGCAUCACCCAAUUUUGAAGAUGGCGAAUUUCUGGCACUUCAUUUGAGACAGGGUCCUGUUGCUGCAUAAAUAGAGCUGCAUCCUCGUCGAGUAACUGUUCAUCAACAGCAUCCACUUCAAUCUAUUCAUAAUCUCUUCACUCUUUCAACGAAGACACUCGUUAAACGAAACUCACCAAAAUGAAGUUCUCUCUCUCCGUCCUCACCACCCUGGCCCUCUCGGCCAACGUCCUGGCCACCCCCACCGUUGAGGCCCGCGGCCCAACCCACGUCGAACGCGACCUCGCCUCCAUCACCGGCGUCCUCUCCGGCAUCAGCGACAAGGUCGGCACCCUGCACACCGCCAUCAACAACUACAAUGGUGGCGAUACGCAGCCCGUCCAGUCCGCCUCGGACUCCCUCGUCGACGCCAUCAACUCCGGCACCACCAAGGUCAACGGCGGCGAUGAGCUGAACAGCAUGGACGCCUUGGGCCUCCAGAAGCCCGUCUCCGAUCUCAAGGACAAGAUCCAGUCCACCAUCUCCGACCUCAACGGCAAGAAGCAGAAGAUCGUCGACGCGGGCAAGGGCUCGCUGACCUACAACGAUUUGCAGAAGCAGAAGACUGCUGCCCUCAAGCUCUCCGACGCUAUCGUCUCCAAGACUCCUGAUAACCUGCACGAUAUCGCGCACUCGCUUGCCUCUGGUAUCUCCGACGCUAUCCAGAAGGGUGUCGAGGACUUCAAGGACGUCGCCAACUCGAACUCUGCUAACAAGGUUGCCAAGGCGCCUGUGAGCACUGCUGCUCCUGCGGCUAAGACUGAGACUGCUGAGACUUCCAGUGCGGCGGCUGUUUCUUCGCAGACUGCUAAGCCUACUUCGUCGUCGCUGUUCAAGGUUCCUGCUACCUCGUCUGCUAGCAGCAGCGUUGCGGCUUCGAGCAGCAGUACUCCUCAGUUCACUGGUGCUGCUUCCGUUAACAAGAUGAGCGGUCCUGCUGGUGCUGUUGCCAUUGCUGCUAUGGUUAUGGCUUUCUAAGUGUGUCGCACUGAAUAGUGUGAUGUUGGAGGGUUACAUGUGGUCUAAUGUAUUGAAGUGGAUAUGUGUUUCUAUUUAUCUAUAUUAGUUUGAUAUUUUCCAGCUUGGACUGGAACUGUUUGUUUGUAU